AUGUUUAAAAGAUCGUCAUCAACUCCCGUUAGAUCUGUUGUCCCCGUAAUCGAAGAGCCAAUAUCCCAAUAUCAGCAACCAUUACGACCUGGACCAUUGUCUCUGCCAAUCACAUUGCCUUUCGAUAUCGGAUCAACUAUUGUUAAUCCCAUAGACGGCUCGGCAUAUCAAUUGAUCAAACCUCUUGGUAACGGAUCCUAUGCUGUGGUGUACUUGGUGCGAGAGAAGAACACUGGCAAUUUUUACGCUCUCAAAUGUUUGUCAAAGGCAAACUUAUCGGAUUAUCAUUUAGAAAUACAGCAUAAUGAGGUACGCCUCCAUGAGCGAUUAUCACAUCCUAAUAUCGUGAAACUUGAUAAUUAUUUCGAAACACCUGAUUGGCUCUUCCUUGUACUCGAAUAUUGCGAAGGUCAAGAUUUAUAUUAUUGGUUGACACAGAAUAAUGAUGGCAGAAAUCCUUUGACCGGCACGCUCCUAUCAGAGAAAGAACGUAUGGUAAUAUUGAAACAGGUCUUUCUGCAGAUAUUAAGUGCGGUCGGCUAUUGUCAUAUGAAAGGCAUCGCUCACAGAGAUCUCAAGCCAGAGAAUUUUAUUGUUAUGGUCAAGAAUGAUAAUGAAUUUAAGGGUGUUCAAGUUAAGUUGACGGAUUUCGGAUUGGCGACCGACGAAAAGGAAUCGACGGAUUUCGACUGUGGAUCUAAACCUUACAUGAGCUAUGAGUGUCGAAAUGCUAUGCACGAUACAUAUAAUCCACGUCUAGCUGAUAUAUGGUCGCUAGGAAUCAUACUUAUUAACCUGUUAUACCAUCGUUCACCAUGGGCUGAUCCUAAUCCGGAAGAAUGUAAAACGUUCGUUACAUUUCAGCUUGACAAGGCCGGUUUCUUGAUGCAAAGGUUCCCAACUAUGCCAAAAAAUGUUGCACAAUUCUUGGCUUCUCGCGUAUUUUGCAACGUGGGGAGGGGACGAAUUGAUAUCAUGGAAUGGAAGAAUUGGUGCGACAGAUUGGUCGAGAGAAUGUUGUUAGAUGAGAAUGAACUUGAAGAUGUGUUUGAUGAUCAAGAACUUUCGUCAUCAAUUUCUAGAGGAAGUUCGUCUAGUUCUCAGAGACGACAAGGACACGACCGUCAUCAAUCAUGGUCAGAUGUGUUCGGAGAUUUUGAAAAUGAAAUAGCACUAAGCAGGCAUAGUAGUCGCAGUAGGCAUAGUAGUCGUCGUUCUUCAUUGUAUAGAUCGCCACAAAACACCAAAUUGGUUGAAACCAAGUUAAGAUUCGCCGAGAAAGAUGAAUAUGAAAACCAAGCGGAUAACGCCAAUAACAGUGACGCGGACUCCGGUUUUGGCACCGAUGAGGAUGGUAAUGGUAACAUUAUCAAGAGGCUUAAAGAAUGCGUCGGAGCAGAAGCUUCCGACGAAAAUAUCAAUCCCGCCAAAGCGCCUUUAUCCGUAUCUCCCCCAAAGGUGAUAUUUUGCAAGCCUAAACCCUGGGGUGAUUAUAGAUCUCGUGGACAUCAACGAGAAGGUUCAACCGAUAAUGUCCCAACUACCUCCAAUACAACAAUUAACAGCCAUUGGUCUUCUUAUAACCAACGUCGUGAACGCUUGGAACAGAGACGCAAGGAAAAACAAGAAAAGACAUUGAACUCUUUGGGCGCUUACAGGCGGCGUGGCUCAUUGAAUUUAGAUACGAAUGAUUCUGGUCGUCUCACUGGCGAUAAUAAUAAUACUACGGUUACUCGUAAGAGUCCUCAACGUCCUUCAAAUAUGAACCAAGAAAGCGCUUAUACCACUCCUCCAAAGCGAAAUGCGCCACCAACACGACCGCCACUUCGCAAGAAAAGUACUCGGUCCAUUAAUAACUUUCCUUUGGCGUCUUCCCCUCCAAAGCCAUCGGUCGCUGCUUUUCAAUCAACAUCUUUUCCUUCUACAUCUAAUGAUAAUAAAGCGAUCAUUAACACGCCAAAGCAGUAUUUCCCAAAGUCUGUUGAUAAAACUCCAAAGAAAGUUGGAAAGUCCACUAAGAAUCACUUGGGGAAAAUGUUGGCGGGAGUUGUCAUGUUUAACCGUGGUGUUAAAGUUGGUGGACAAGCUAUCAAUGAAUAUGGUGAUUAA